AUGUUCAAAUCAUCGUAUAAUCUCAUCUUCUUCUUCAUCGUCAUUUUCUUCGUCCUGAGAUCAUCAGCGUUCUCGAAUCUCAACAGCUUAAGCUUUGAAGAAUCACUCUCUCCUCUCUUCGGCGAUGGCAAUCUCGUACGUUCCCCUGAUGACCUCUCCGUUCGUCUCCUCCUAGAUCGAUACACAGGUUCUGGUUUCAUAUCAUCAAAUAUGUAUGAACAUGGAUUUUACAGCUCCAUGAUCAAGCUUCCCGCCGAUUAUUCUGCCGGUGUCGUCGUCGCCUUUUAUACAUCGAACGGAGACGUGUUCGAGAAAACACACGACGAAUUAGACAUAGAGUUUCUAGGGAACAUAAAAGGAAAGCCAUGGAGGUUUCAGACAAAUCUAUACGGAAACGGAAGUACACACAGAGGUCGUGAAGAGAGAUAUCGUCUCUGGUUUGAUCCAACUAAAGAGUUUCAUCGUUACAGCAUCCUCUGGACUCCUCACAAGAUCAUAUUUUGGGUAGAUGACGUGCCGAUUAGAGAAGUGAUAAGAAGCGAUGCAAUGGGAGCUGAUUAUCCGGCGAAGCCAAUGGCUCUUUACGCCACCAUUUGGGACGCUUCCGAUUGGGCUACUUCCGGCGGCAAAUACAAAGCCAAUUACAAGUUUGCCCCUUUCACCGCCGAAUUCAAAUCCUUCUCUCUCGACGGCUGCGCCGUCGAUCCCAUCCAAGAAGUCCCCACGGAUUGCUCCGAUUCCGUCGAGUUCCUCGAGUCUCAAGAUUAUUCAUCCAUCAAUUCACGUCAACGCGCCGCCAUGAGAAGAUUCCGGCAACGGUUCAUGUACUAUUCUUACUGUUACGAUACGGUUAGAUAUCCGGAGCCUCUGCCGGAGUGCGUGAUUGUUCCGGCGGAAAAAGAUAGGUUUAAGGAAACGGGAAGGUUGAAAUUCGGUGGUACUGAAGCGCGUGAACGGCGGAGGAGUCGCCGGCAGCAAAGGCCGGCAAUUGAGAGUGAUCCUGACGAAAGAAAACGUUUAUAA